AUGCGGCCGCUACGGCUGCGGCGCGUUGUUGGCUUGGAGGGGCGCGUCAAUGACGUGGUGUUCUGCCCCGCGACGCGGCCCGCUCCGAAGCAGGGCGCACUUGUCUUCUUCGGCGGCGAUAUUCAGGACUAUCCUGAAGUAAUGCAGGCACACCGGGACUACCGAAACUACUUGAAAUAUAAUCUAGAGAACACGGCGCGGAUGCUCGGCCUUAAUUUCCCAACGAAACAUAUACUGGUUGUGAGACCGUCUAGGAUAGAAUACAAAAGCUUCAGCUGCUACGACAACUUCGUUCCUAGCAACAACGCUGGUGUACCGGAUCACACACCCACACACAGCGCACUCCUUCACUUCGAAAGGUUGCUUCAAAGUGUGAGCAGUAGACUCAAAUCCCUCCCCAUAUCGGAGUUGGUGGAAGCGGCCAAUGCCGCUUUAUUGCCCGAGGAGAUUGAUAUCGAAGACUUGCAUAACUCAACGCAGCGAGCUGACGGAGCCGACAGCUCAAACGGCACGAACUCGGCCGAACACAAGCCGGAACUAAUAUGGUGGCGCAAUGAGUUGUCACUGGACAAGUGCCGGUUGUCUCUGAUGGGUUUCAGCAAAGGCUGCGUGGUGCUUAACCAGCUCAUAUACGAGUUCCACUAUACCAAGACCCUCACGCCGGGAGAUGAGCACAUGGUCAGGUUCAUAGAGCGAAUAGAGGAUAUGUAUUGGUUGGAUGGCGGCCACGCGGGCGGGAAGAACACGUGGAUCACGUCCAGGAGUCUGCUGGAAACACUCACCAGGCUUGAUGUGAACAUCUACGUGCAUGUAAGCCCGUACCAAGUACAAGACGAAGGCCGGCCCUGGAUUGGCAGAGAAGAGAAGGCGUUCACUAGUCUAUUGAAGAAGCUCGGCGCCAAGGUGAAGCGCUAUCUACACGAUCAGCCCGACGCUCCGCAUUCUCUACACAUGCACUUCGAAGUGCUCACAGCCUUCGCGAACCCAAACUGCCCUCCGCUCACCAACACGGACUCUGACGAAGACGUCUAA